ACGAGGACGACGAAGAACUGGCACCACUGCCGCCAUCCGCACCCAGUGGCUUACUGUGCAGCAUGGCGCGAUCCAUGUUGGGUAAACUCACCAGAAUGAAGGCCACCGCGAACAGGCAGAUCACUGUCAGGUUCCAAAACAGGCACCCAACUCCGACGAAGGCAAUGAGGAAGGGUAACAGGCGCACGGACAAAUAGAGCGCCGCCCAGCUGAUGGCAUUGGCAACCGUGCGCACAUGGACCGUCGUAUUGGCGUCGUCCUCGAUGGCGGCGUCCAACCAACGCCAGGGAAUUCGCUGGAAACCGAUGCCGUACAUAAACAUAAACACCCCGAAGCACGCCAGCGGAAGGUGGGUAUUUGCUUCCGGAUGGUUCCGAAGCGCUUGCACGUGGCAAUGCCAUCCGAGAGUGGCCAUCGAGGCGGCCAUCACGAGUGAGCUCCAGAUCAGUACCUUGUAGUCACCGAUUUUGAUGUUCAGCAAUCGGUAAACCGGAAUGCUCCCGACCAAGAUGGCGGCCACCGUAAUUGCGGUCCAUUCCGGGGUGUACUGACCAUCGACAAGGGAUAGAAUGCGACUCAGAUAGAACAUCAUCGGAACGGCAUCGGUCAACUGUUGGAACACAAUCAGCAUCAGUGUCGGAAGAACGAUCCGGGUGUUCGGAAACUUUUUGAGACCCUCCCACAGGCCGAUCGGGCCGCCGCCCUGGUUCUUGGACUGCUGCCAGUGGUUCAAGCUAUUCUCCAUCAGCUGAUUGGUCAGCGCAUCGUGACAGUUGUGGGUUCGCUUGAGUACAGCCCUGGCCUGGUUAAUUUGCUGACUGGUCGCUAGGUAGCGUGCCGACUCCGGCAGGAACAAAAAUCCGAUAAACAGAAAGAUCGGGAAGGUGGAACUCACCAUACUGGAUAGCUGGGUGAACGGAAUCAAGUCUGGAAUGAGGGAAAUAAGGGAGAUAAUGCGAUUUCUGAAUAGGAUAUAAAAAUUAAUUUGUGAUUUUGUGACGAGUUUGAGAGACUUUUUAAAGGCCUGGCAUGGGAAAUUUCUCCUAAGGAAAGCUCUCAGUUGAUAAAAAAUGUUACAAAUAUGGUGUUACGUGUGGGUUUAAAGUUAUUUUCAAUUGUGCGGCUCCCAUUCGAUUAGGAAAUAUAUGGAAUUUGAUAAGCAAAAAUCAACGAAAAAAAAAACUAUGCAUCAUCGCAUGACAAACAAGCUGAAGGAUUUCGAAAUUGACGUUGCCUUAGGUCGAUCCAGGAUCGUCCGGGCGUUUGGAAAAAUUGCUUGGCAGCUGUUCGUCAAUUCCUUGCUCAAAGGUAACGAUCUAACAAAUGUCAGAUUCGAUCAACCGACAACGGCGACACAUCUCAACCGAACCUAAUUUGGAUGUCUUAAAGGGCUCGAACUCGUCAAUCCUCAAAAAUCACCUAUAAAGAGGUUCUACAUGAGCAACUUGAAAUGGAAUGAAUCCUAACUAACGCCGUCGAAUGUUUACAACUUUUCUCCGGAGCGAGCGUAAAUUUCUACGAUAGAAUUUUGUAAUUUGUGCAACCGUGCUUUUGAAAUAGGGACCACCGGACAAUCCUCCAUUACACCAUGGCAGCCGUCACCCAUUGGACGCUUCAAGAGUCCAUGAUUAUGAUCCGGAAGCGGCUGGAAUUGCUCGCAUCCGGUCGCACUGACAAAGUGUACGAACAAGUGUCCGAGUAUCUGGCCAUGGAGCACAACAUUUUCAAAAGCGCUGUAGCAUGUACAACACGGUUCAACAAUUUGUUGAAGUCUUACCGGACGUGCGUUAAACGGAUGGAAGCCGGCGGAAAUGGACGGAUAAGAUUUCCUUAUUUUGACGUGUUCCAUCAGUAUUACGGUACAUCGGCUAGCACUGAAGAGGAUCCUCCCGGCAAAUGCAAGAAUGAACUUUUACUGGAAGAUGGCUUUGAUAAUGAGGUAGGAGAUGAUGUGAAUUUAGCAGAGGACCACCCAAUACUUCCCGAUAACAUUGAUUUUACUAUACCAGUUUCGGGAACAAACCGGACGUCCAUGGACGAUGAACCGGUGAGGAAGGAAUUAACCUCUACUCUGACGGCUAGCCAAGACUUGCAGGAUCUCAAAGUGAGACUUAUGAAACAGAAGCUACUCUAUUACACCAAUCAAAACAUGAUACUGCGGAUGAAGCAGAACCAUUACAAACAGAAAGAUCAAGAGCGUGUCCGGAAACAGCUUUUCUCGUCGGAAAUUCUUAAAAUACUGAGAGGCAUUCAAAACUGUCUCAAAAACUUCCCACCGAGCAAAGAGCCGACGGAAAAAAAACCAACCGAGGUGCCAGAACCGAUCAAGGUCGAACACAUUCAACCGAUAAAAGAGAAGGAUCCGCCUAAACCACCACCGGUGGAAUUAAAACCUGCUCCCCCUGAACAUAUUCAAUCGGAAACGGAACCGGAACCCACCCUGGACGGCGAAGAGGAAGAGGAGGAAGAAGAAGAAGAACCCGAACCGAUGGAAAGUGACUCGGGAAUGCUCCCGGUCUACGAGGAAUCCGAAGGGGAAGCCGAAGCUGGCGGGGAAGAAGAGGAGGAAGAUGAGGAAGAAGAAGCCGAGGAAGAGGAGGAAGAAGUGGAAGAAAUCAAAGAGAUUCACAAAUCUCCGGAUGAAGCGAUGGUGAAAGUGAAGCACAACAUUUUCCCACCCUGGAAUCGAAUACAGACGGUGCUACUGAUAAAAAUCCACUGCGAUCUGAGGCCCAAAUUUAAUGGCCACAAUUUGUUUGAAUGUGUUUCCAACAAGUUGAUUGAACUGAACGUUAAUAGAACAUCCCGCGAUUGUCGCAUCCGGUGGAAUAAUUUGUUCCGAACCUAUCGGGAGUGUCGGUUGCGGUUGAAAGCAAACGCGGCGGCACCCGUCAAGUUCGAAUACUUCCAGGACAUCGACUCGUACUUCAAGGAACGACCCUGCGAGGAGCUCGGUGGCAUGCAGAACAAUGUCAGUAGCGUUUAAAGGUUAAGAUGAUUUUUUUUAACAGAACAUCAACAAGUAGUGUAUAUAUAUAUUCGUUUGAUUUUUUUUGUAUAUAUUCGUCGCUAUUAAGAUUUAAAGGUUUGACCAUGACUGACACUUUUUAAGCAAAAUAUUAAAAACACGAGCAAAAUAUGUAUGUCUUUGAACUUGUUAUACCUACUCGCUAAUUGAGCAAGCGAAUUGUUUCGAGUAUAUACCUAAAUGAAUAAUACUCACUAUAGACAAUUUGCUUUGGCCCUUAUUCCGCGCCGCCCGUGUAAGUGAGGUUACGAUAAUUGAGUCACCUUACUGCCACGGGACUCUAGUCACCUUAUUUCGAUAGUCGGUGUAAGUAAAGUGACAGAGAUUCAUUCCUUAAGUUCAUCCCAAGUGACAUUCAUAACCUAAAGCGACUCCUGGAAUCGAGAAAUUCGACUAUCGUCACCUCACGCG